AUGAUGGAAAGAAUAAGAAAAGAGAUGAUCCUGAUGGAGAGAGGGCUGCACAGCCCUACAGCUGGCAAAAGGCUCUCGAAUUUGUCAGACUCAGCUGGAAAUGCGGUGUUGGAGGCCCUUGAAAAUUCUCCGCACAGUGGUCGCCUCAGCCCGAGACUGACUGCCGCCUCCCUGCACAGCGCUAUAGGGGACAUCUCCGCCAAAGGCAAAUUUGAAAUAGACACUUUAUUCAAUCUCCAGCAUCCGAGCAGCGAAAGUACUGUCUCCUCCGAAAUCCCGCCGUCGGAAAGCAGGAAGAAAAUCAGCCUUUAUUCCGAAGUUGCUCAAGAGGCAGAUAUGAACAGUGAUGUGGAGGUGGGCUGCUCCGCGCUCCGCUCCCCGGCCAGCCUGACUUCCUCCCAGCUGAAGGAAAACAGUAACAAAGGCUACGCGGAGAGCAGCCCGACGCCCAGCGCCCCCGCCGCCGCCGCGGGGGGGGGGGGGGGGGGGGGGGGGGGGGGGGGGGCGGGCGCCGACCAGGUGCGCCGCUACCGCACCGCCUUCACCCGGGAGCAGAUCGCCCGCCUGGAGAAGGAGUUUUACCGCGAGAACUACGUGUCGCGGCCGCGGCGCUGCGAGCUGGCCGCCGCCCUCAAUCUCCCCGAAACAACCAUCAAGGUGUGGUUCCAGAACCGGCGGAUGAAGGACAAGCGGCAGCGCCUGGCCAUGUCCUGGCCACACCCGGCCGACCCCAGCUUCUACACCUACAUGAUGACCCACGCGGCGGCCACGGGCAGUCUGCCCUACCCUUUCCACUCCCACGUCCCGCUGCACUACUACCCGCACGUCGGGGUCACGGGGGGGGGGGGCGCCGCCGCCGCCUCGGGAGCCGCCGCCGCGCCCUUCGCCACCUCCAUCCGCCCGCUGGACACUUUCCGGGCCCUCUCGCACCCCUACUCCCGCCCGGAGCUGCUCUGCAGUUUCCGACACCCCGGCCUCUACCAGACGCCGCCAUGUCCUGGCCACACCCGGCCGACCCCAGCUUCUACACCUACAUGA